CCGGGGUCAAUGUGACGUCAUCCCCGGAAGUAUGGCCGCGCAAAUUUUUUAGUUAAGGUCACGUGACAACGGCUUUGUGAACUCUCCGAAGCAGAAAAAACACAACUACUUGUACAUACAUUGUUUUGUAUAUACUGUAUAUGAUGUCCUCUAUGGGUUCCACCAGGGGAAACACACGCAGUGGGGGGCGGGACAAACCCGCCUCUAAAUCCACGUCACAAACAGCGAGCAAGUCCGGAGCGGGGGAUACGCCAGUGAUCAAGAAGGCUACACCUGACCAAAUACGUCUUGCCCAGAUGUUUUCCGACAGUUCCAGCAACAACAAAAUGGACGAAAAACUGGUGGAAAAAAUCAAACAGGUGUAUGAUGUUACUCACAAAAGUGAAGAUGAGAUCAUGGUAGCACUGUAUGACUGUCAGGAAGAUCCCGAGAGAGCUAUCAACCUUCUUCUGGAAAGAGUUGACGGAGAUCAGGGCGAAUGGGAGACGAUCAGCAGCAAGAAGAAAGUCAAGAGCUCAGGCCCGUCCUCACGAGGAAGUAACAGUACGUCCGAUAACACAUCCAGCAGCAAGGAGGGAAGAGGCGAGAAGGAAGGAAGUGGUCGAGAGAAAGGAGGCAGGGAGAAAGAGCCCAGGGAGAGGGAUAAUAAGGAGCGAGAUGGGAACUACCGUGGGCGUGGUCGAGGGGGGAGGGCUCAGCUACCGCCGAGAAUGACCAAAGGACGAGGACGUGACGCAGAUUCCUCCAGCAGGGACCGGGAUAGAAACGAUCAGAGUAACAAAUGGGAAGGAGGUGAAUCUGGCAGGGGUCGCGGUCGCAAGGCGCAUGAUCAAACGAACGGUCCGUCAAGACGUGGAAGAGGCCCGAGAUCCUACACGAAUGCUAAAUUUGGGACAUUUGAGCAGACAGAUGCGUUCAAGCCAGGAGACAAUGUGUGGACAAACCCACCAGAUACCAACAAUGACAGCAUGGGUGAUUUCACCGUGUCGGCCUGGGAUGGAAGUGCUGCGGCCACUGACAGCUGGACGGCAGAUGAUUGGAGCGGAGAUCUGGCAGAAAGCAAGGUGUUUACGCCAAGCUCAAACCAACCAACACCAAACGCCGUCAAUUCUGCCGAGUCGGCCGCAGUCCCUGAGCAGUCGCCGCUCUCAACCAACACGUCAAUGCCACCAUCUAUGCCAUCCUCUAUGUCCUCAAUGGCGCCCUCUAUGCCCGCGACUAUGUCCUCUAUGGCGCCCUCUAUGGGCCAGUCUAUGGCAGUGCAAUCGUCCAUCGGGCAGCAGCAGCAGUCUUCUAUGCAGACCAACAUGCAACAAUCUAGUGGGAUGUCUGCAAUGCAACAAAGGGAUGUGAUGAAUAAUUACAGUAUGGAAGAUUCGCGUUCCAGCAACGCUCCGGAGAACUUCACCAGGAUUGAUCUGGCUGCAUUGUUCGCCAAGCCUGCGCAGCAUGCUCCUAACGUGACGGCCCAGUUGACUGGUUCUUCCUUGUCGGACCCCCUUGCAUCGCAGCGGCAGGCUUCUAGCGUCUUUGGCCAGUUUGGAGACAUCAAGGCCCAACCACCCAUGCCUGGCAAUGAUAAGGUCAACUCGAUUGGCAUGCCACCGGGCCAAGGGGCUCCUGGCCAGGAGUCGCCAUCCAGCCAACAGACCCAGCAGAGAGCUCAACAACAGACUGCAAAACCGACGAAGAAGAGAAUGCCGCCACCAUCAACUAAGAUUCCAUUGUCCGCUGUUGAGAUGCCCGUUUCAGCGCGAGGCAUCGGAGUUUUAGACGUGCAGUUUGGUGCAAUGGAUCUUAGCAUGGAGCAGUCAGUGGACUUUGGUGUUCCUAGUAUGCUGUCCGGCGUACCAGUGAGUAGUACGACACUACAGGGAUCCGUACCUAUGCCGUCAUCCGGUCAAAUGCCAGCGUCUAUGCCUUCAUACAGUAUGGGGGAGUCCGCAGCAGUAACAGCAACAAGCCACUUGCCAUCGUAUCCCAACAAAGUCCAGAAUGACAGCUAUCCCUCCUCCAGUAUGAAUGCGUCGCUCCUAGCAAGCAGCACGUCGGCAUCGCCAGUCUCGACAACGCUGGAGCAGAGAUCAGGCUAUGGACAAGUCGCCCCCAAGCAGAUUGCUCCAGAGCCAAUUCCGUUGCCAAAUCAGACGCAGGUCGGUGGUUACAUGAAUGCUCCCAAAACAUCGCCAAGCCAGCAACUGGACAAUAAGUCGGAGAAACUACCCUCGGGUCCGUACUCACCAAGUAUUCCUCUGCAGUUAUCGUCCCUGGGUUCACAUCCAACCAGUAUGGCUAACACGGGAAUGUCUCAAUCGCCCAGCGGGAUGCAAUCGAACCUCCACUCACAGAUGGGCCUCUCAUCACACACCAAUCAGCAACUGAGACAGACACCCAAUUCCUAUCACGCAACGAGUGCACCAACGACCAUCCACUCACCGGCUAGUCUGUCCAGCGGUCUCUCCAGCAUGUCGCACGGUGGAGGCUACACGUCUAGCCAUAACUCAGGUCUAGCAGGGUCAAAUCUGUCCAGUAAUCUGGGAACUUCAAACCUCGGUGGUUCGAAUCUCUCCGGUUCAAGCCUUGGAGGCACUGGUCUACCGACGUCCAACCUGACGCACUCGACCAGUGGACUAUCGUCCGGUAUGUCCGGAGGACCGAGUACAAUGAGUGGACUACCGUCGGCCGCGCAGCCAGCUGGACUGUCUAGCUCGGUCAGCGGAUUGGCCAGUUCUGGUCACAUGAGCGGAAUGCAAACGACUGUGUCGAAUACAAUGGCGUCGCAGAGCGGCGUACAGUCAGCGCAGCUAAACAGCAGUAAGAUGGGCAGCUUGGACAAUCGGAUGAAUUCUGCUCAGCACACGAUGGAUCAUAAUCAUCCGUCGUCCAGUAGUUUAUCGUCGUCCAGUCUGAGCGGUCAUUCCUUGAACACGACGGCCCCACUGACCACCGCCGGGUCAUCGUUGGGCUAUAACAGCAUCAGCGGUAUGUCAUCUGGAAUGACCUCGGUCACUUCAGUGGGAUCGUCUGGUAUGAAAUCAUCAAUGACAUCAAACAAAGGUCCCCCCAACUUGCCACCCGGAAUGCCGUUGUUUAACCAUCAGUACAUCAUGGGACAUGGGAUUCUACCCGUCAACCCAUUUGCUGCGACACAUCAGCCAUUCUACAACUAUGAUGAGUUACAGUUACAGCUAUCAAGAAUGCCAAUGGGUUACUCGUAUGAUCCUCAACAGUUCCCGCAGCCCGCUACCACGCUGACGAGCCGCGAUGUGACGUCGCACUCCAGCGCGCCGUACUCGGUGACCGACCAGAGCAAGUUCACAAGAGGAGAGGCAGCGUCACCCGUAGCGUCAUCACUGUCAACACAGCAACAACCACAGCAGCAACAGCAAACAGGUCAAGCAGGUCAUCAUCAGACGCAGCAAGCCACCCAGCAAGCAGCGUUCCUGAACGCAGCGACCGUACCUCCAGGCUAUGGCUACGGUGGGUUACCCUACUACCCCAGCCCAGGUAUCAUACCACCAGGCCUCCAGUAUCAACCUGCUGUCUUUCCCGCUGUCAAUACGGUGCAACCCAACAACAGAUCUCAAGCCGGCACAACGCCCCACUCGGCAUUCCAGCAAGCUCCGUACGGCCAGCACGGAUCCCACGGAGGUUAUGGCACUGGAUACGAUGAUCUGAAUCAGUCGCAAGAUUUCCCUAAGGGCGGCUACUCCAGUGUUUCUCAGACGGGGGCCAAGGGCACAGGAGCAACAGGACGUAGCUCAGUAUCUGUUUCGUCAUCUUCAGCAGUGCCGGGGGACAUGUCGGCCAGUACAUACAACAAGGCGCAUUCCCAAUCCUAUGCAGAUAAGCAAGGCUUCCAUACCGGUACCCCGCCACCAUUCAAUUUCCCAAUGGCCAGCGGGAACCAGGGAGGGCCUUUGCAAGCUGCAACGGGCUACCCACCGUUCGUCCCCGUGUUGCCUCACAACACCAUGUUGCCGCAUCAGCUGCACAGCGACGGGCAGGCUGGCUCGUCUCAGCGUUCGCAAGGAAGCGCCAACCAAGGCAAGCCCGUCAGCAAGCCACCGUACGGAGCGAGCAACUACUGGGGAGCCAAUUAAACAAACCUGGCAACGAGCGUGUCGACAGCAUGCUCUUAAAUAUCGUCUAUGUCGCCUGAUUCACGAGGUUUAACAUAGACGUGUACAUACUCGUGGAAGUUGAAUCUUGUUGUAUUUACUGUUUAUUGAAAACGGAAAUGGUCCACCUCAACCGCUUUGCUUUGAUUUUGAUUUUUUUUUUCCUUCAGCGGUCCGGUGGAGUAAUAUUCAUUCAAGCUUUGUUUUUUAUCUCGUGAUGUACACAGUUUACUCUAGGUGCUAGUGUUUGGUCCUUGAUGCUUGAACUAUGCUAUGUAUGCUAGUGCGCUGUUUAGUUUUUUGACCUGUUUGCAAAAUCAAUUCCUCUUAUUCACGACGGAGUCAUCAAUUCCUAAAUACAAGAAAUCUAUUUGAUCGCAUUCCAUUUAACCUAUCACGAAGAAUCACGUCAACGCAUAUUGUGAAAUAUUGUCCAAUUACAUGAUAUACAAAUGGACGCGGAACGCGUAAAAUCUUAGAGAAGCAAAAUUUUAACGUACAAAAAUUCCAUAGGGUUGUCUAAGGGGCGUGGCUAACACGCAAACGGCGAUAGGUCAAUUCCUUUCACGCUGUAUAUAAUAUAAUACACAUAUUGACUGCUUCGAGUGGUAUAGUAAAGCUAGCAUCCCAAGGUGAUCCAUGGCGCACUCUAAAUCCCGAGGCGAAUAUACCACAAGUUAAAGCAGUCAAUAUUUAUUUUAUAACACCUCACCCACAGAUUCUGCUUGAUUUUAAUCAAUAACUGAUUAAUUUAAUCUAAAUACAAUUACAAUGUAUUGCGAUAUCAGUACCGAAUUAGUUGAAAAUUUACUUGCACUUUUCCAAACUACCCAUUCACAAAAUGUUUGAACCCAGCUCUGUAGCGCUAGCAUUUGGGAACAAUACGCGCAAUGCGCACGCCCGUAUGCAUUUGCACACAAUACCAGUUGCUAUGCGUAUAGUACUUUGAUUGCUAUGUGUAUAGUCUUUUUGGCCACACACAGUAAGA